CAGCGCAACCGGGCAAAACAGAAACAGGCGCGGAUGAGCCUCAGCAGCAUCGGCACGAAGCGGACCAUAAGUGAACGCGGCAGUGACAGCGAUCAUGAGAAUGCGCGGCCGGACCUUGGCUUCGACGAGCCAGGAUCCAGCGCGAAGCGGCUCAAAAGGAGAAAUGCCGGCGAUCGGCGGAGUCUGAUCUUUUCAGACCCGCCGCCUAGAAUCGAGGAAGUUGUUGAGCCCGAAGAACUUGAGGAGGCAUUGGCAAAGGAACUGCCCUUCUACGAAUACAAGAGCAUGGAGGUUGACUCGCCG